AUGAGCCUCCCCACCCACUUCACCCUCAACACCGGCGCAAAGAUCCCCUCUGUGGGCUUUGGAACGUGGCAAGCCCCGCCAGGUCAAGUUGCCAAAGCUGUCGAGACCGCCCUGCGCACCGGCUACCGCCACGUUGACUGCGCCUCCAUCUACCGGAACGAAGCGGAAGUAGGCGAGGGCAUCAAGGCCUCUGGCGUGCCCCGUUCGGAGAUUUUCAUCACCGGAAAGCUCUGGAACACAAACCACAGACCCGAAGAUGUGCAGAAGGGCUUGGACAAGACGCUCCAGGACCUGGACGUGGAGUACCUGGACCUCUUCCUCAUGCACUGGCCGGUGGCCUUCCGCCCGGGCGACAAGUCGUUCCCCCUGGAAGAGGGCAGCGGCAUCUUUGCCCUGGAGGACAUUGACCCGGCCGUCACGUACGGCGCGAUGGAGAAAUUGCUGGACGGCGGCAAGGUCAAGGCCAUUGGCGUCUCCAACUUCACAGUGAACAAGCUGGACGACCUGCUGCGCAAGACCAAGGUCGUUCCGGCCGUGAACCAGAUCGAAGCACACCCCUACCUGCAGCAGCCCCAGUUGCUCAAGCACUGCCAAGACAAGGGCAUCCUCGUCGAGGCCUACUCGCCCCUCGGGAACAACCAGACCGGCGAGCCACGCACCGUCGACGACCCCCUUGUCGCGGAGCUCGCGCAGGAGCUGGGCUUGGACAUUGGCCAGGUGCUGUACUCGUGGGGUGUGCAGCGCGGCACGGUCGUGCUGCCCAAGAGCGUGACGGCGUCGAGGAUUGAGACCAAUCGCCAGAUCAGGGCGCUGCCAAAGGACGCGUUUGACAGGUUGAACGCGUUGGAGAGGAACAAGAGGUUCAACUGGCAGACAAGGUGGGGGUACGACAUUUUCGAGGAGCUCGGCGAGGAACAUGUGAAGAGGGUGGCCAGAGAAGCUGGGGAGGAGAACAAGACCAAAUUCACGGUAUGA